GAAACAACAACGGCAAAAUGCUGCUUAUCGUUAGUUACCGGACAGCAUCAGCGCGGGGAAGCACCUCCCCGUCCGGAGCCCCCCGGCCUUUCGCCGCAGGCCGGCCCGGCGGUGCCUCCGCUCCCUCGGGCACACGCACACCCGCGCCGCUCCCACCACGCGUGUCUUUUUUGACACAGAGCAGCAGCCUAUUGGAUUGCUACCACAGGACGGGUUCAGGCGCUUCCCCCACGCUCCGCUUCUUUUUUCUUUCCUUUCCUUCCCUUCCUUUCCUAGGCUCCGCUUGCCGUAGCAUACACCCUCCCGAGGGGUUUGCCUGGAUCAUUUAUUUAUCCUGUGCGCAUUAAGAAACCACCAUUAGGCUUUGGUGGGAGGCGCCUUACUUUCUGCGCGCUAGCCUGCCUCCCUUGCGCUGCGAUAGGAAUACACAAUUGAACAGAAGCUGCAAGCUUGGCAGGAGCUGCCUUCUGCGUGCCUAUUUAUUUACCGGAUCCGUAUCUUUUUGCCGACUGGGUCAUUGCCGCCCUCCCCCCUCCAGGGCUUCAUCUUUUUUUUUUUUUUUUUUUGUGUGUGUGUGUGUAUUUUUUUUAAUUCUUUUUUUUUUUUUUUUUUUUUUUUUUUUUUUUUUUUUACCACGGGAACCCUCGCCGGAGUUUCGAUGCCGGGCCGGACUUAGCACGGGCGCGGAGGAGCUGCGCGGAGCCGUGCCUCCUGCCCCCGGGCCCCGCCCGCGGAUCGGCCUCCCUGGCCCGGCGCCGGCCGCGGGUUGGCCGCGGGGCCGCGGAGUGGCGGGUGCGCUGCGCCGCGCCGCCGCCUCCCCGCGGAGCAGCCGAGGGAUGCUGCUGCGCCGCGGCCGGGCAUAGGCAGGAGCCGAGCGGGCGGGGGAGGGAGCGGAGGGAAGGAAGGAAAGAAGGAAGGAAGGAAGGAAGGAAGGAAAGACGGAAAGAAAAGAUCCCUCAGCCCCGAGGGGAGAGGAAAAAGAGGAGAGGCGAGAAGGAGCGUGAAUGUGAAGGAAUGUGCCUGCUCGCCGCCGGAGCCGCACGCUUGGGAUAAAAAAAAAAAAUAAAUCGAGGAGGCUGAUUCUUGCGACUUAUUACCCGGAAAAAAAAAAAAAAAAAAAAAAAAAAAAAAAAGAAAAGGGAAAGAAAAGGAAAAUCCGAGAGCAGAGGGAGAAGGAGAGCGAAGAGGCUGAAGCGGGCAGCGCGCAAGAGGAGGGCGCCCGGCGGAUGGCGCGGCCGUCCCGCUGACUCCGCGGGCGCGGGAGGCUGCGCGGGGCGGCGCGGCGCGGCGCGGGGCAUGCCAUGCCGGCGGCGUGACUGAGCGGGGCGCUCCCGCCGCCCGCUCCGCUGCGCCGCGCCGCGCUCCCCUCCGCCCCGCUCCGCUCCGCUCUCCUCCGCCCCCCUCCGCCGCAUGCCGCCGGCAGCCGCGGCGCGCUGAUGCCCCGGGGCCGCGGCGGCGCUGCGGACGGCCCCUAGGAUGAGCGAGGGGGCUGCCGGCGCCGCGGCGCCCGGGGCGGCGGAGGCGGCUGCGGCGGGGGGCCCGGUCGGGGAUGGGGCCGGGGGGCCGCCGCGGGAGCUGCGCUGCAGCGACUGCAUCGUCUGGAACCGGCAGCAGACGUGGCUGUGCGUGGUGCCCCUCUUCAUCGGCUUCAUCGGCCUGGGGCUCAGCCUCAUGCUCCUCAAGUGGAUCGUGGUGGGCUCCGUCAAGGAGUACGUCCCCACCGAGCUGAUGGACGCCAAGGGCGUGGGGCAGGACCCCUUCUUCCUCUCCAAGCCCACCGCCCCCCCCCGCGGCGCGGAGACCACCGCCGCCGCCACGCCGCGGCCGCCCAGCCGCGUCAGCCCCCGCCUCACCACGAUGAGCCGGGCCCCCCCGCGGCCCCCCGGCACCCGCGGACCGGCGCGGAGCGCUCCGCGGCCCACCGCGGCGCGGCACCCCGCCGCGCCCCACACGGCGCCGCCCGCCAGCGGCCCCCCCGGCACCGCCGGCCGCGGCGCCCGGCCGCCGCCCGCCGCCCCCAGCACCCCGCCGCUGCCCGCCUGGCCCACUGCGGCACACGCUACCUCCUCCUACAAGAUCUACGUCCACGACUCGGCGCCGUCCUGGACCUUGUCGCCCUUCCAGGAGUCCACCACCACCACGCCGGAGGCCAGCACGACCCCCAAAACCCAUACUACAACGUAUUCCACUGAGCGAUCUGAGCACUUUAAGCCAUGCAAAGACAAGGAUCUUGCAUAUUGUCUCAAUGAAGGGGAAUGCUUUGUGAUUGAAACCUUAACGGGAUCACAUAAACACUGCCGGUGCAAAGAGGGCUACCAAGGAGUCCGCUGUGACCAAUUUUUGCCGAAAACCGACUCAAUCUUGUCAGAUCCAACAGACCAUUUAGGAAUUGAAUUCAUGGAGAGCGAAGAAGUGUACCAGCGCCAGGUGCUGUCUAUUUCCUGUAUCGUCUUUGGCAUAGUCGUAGUGGGCAUGCUUUGUGCAGCGUUCUACUUCAAAACAAAGAAACAAACAAAGCAAAUUCAUGAACAGCUGAAAGAAACACUGAAUAGAAAAACCUACAGCCUAAAUGCUUCCAGCAUGAUGGCAAAGUCAGAGUGUAUGGCACAAAGCCGAGUCCAGCUGCAAAAUUAUUCAAAAACAGAUAGGCAUCCUGGGCCUAUUCUGGACAAAGUUAUGGAGUCUAGUUUUUCAGGCCCUCAGUCUUUCCCAGAGGCCUUGUCUCCUGACAGAGGAACCCAGCCCAUCAAGCAACAUAGAAGUCUCUCUUCAUGCUGCAGCCCAGGACAAAAAAGUGGGAUGCUACAUAGAAAUGCCUUUCGGAGGACUCCUCCCUUACCUCGGGGCAGGUUCAAUGGAAUUACAGGACCAGCAUAUCAACAGCUAGAAGAGUCAAGGAUCACAGACCAGGACACAGUACCUUGUCACAGGUAUUCAUCCAGUGGUUUAAAAACUACUCAGAAUACUUCAAUAAAUAUGCAACUGCCUUCAAGAGAGACAACCCCUUAUUUUAAUAACGUGGAUCAGAAGGACUUGGUCAGCUAUUCAUCUUCAAGGGCCAACUCCGUUCCCAUCAUCCCGUCUGUGGGCUUGGAUGAAGCCUGCAUGCAAAUGCAAAAUGUUUCUGAAGUAACAGGCAUCAAAUGGUGCAAAAACUCCUAUUCAGCUGAACUUGUCAAUGUGAGUUCCCCAGUCAGUAAUUGUCUUAUAGCAGAACAACACGAAGUGAAAAUAUUGCUAGAAACUGUGCAGGAGCAGAUUCGGAUUCUGACGGACGCGAGGCGGUCGGAGGACUAUGAACUGGCGAGUGUAGAAGCGGAGAGCAGCGCGAGCGAAAACACAGCCUUUCUGCCCAUGAGCCCCAUGGCCAAGUCAGAGCGAGAGGCGCAAUUUGUCUUAAAAAGCGAAACGCAAAGAGACUCGGUAUUGACCAAGUGACUUUGUGUGGGGGUUGUGGGAGGGGAAGCAAGAGAUCUGUGCAUUCGAUGCUUUGCUAAACAGGAAGGGAGGAAAUUAAAUACAAAUUAUUUAUAUGCAUUAAUUUAAGAGCAUCUACUUAGAAGAAACCAAAUAGUCAAUCGCCCUCAUAUCAUAGUGUUUUUUAACAAAAUAUUUUUUUAAGGGAAAAGUUCCAGGAUGGAUGAAACGUACAUCAGGUGCUUUCUAGGCAGGAUUACACAUACAGUUUCAGUUACAGAGCAUUUACCAUGGUCCUGUUCGGCUGUCUGAAGGCUCAGGCUAUGCAUCUUUUUUUCAGUAAAGGCCAAGACCAUUCUUAGAUCCAUUUCUGGUUUCAGGGCAGCGCUGCAGUAAGCUGCUGACCAGGGAAUCAGACCCUGGGGAGUAAGUCCCAUGACGCCAUCACAGACCCGGUCCCCUCUCCACCUCUCCUCUUGGUUCCAGGUUCAUACCAUGGAAACAGGCACACAGACAUCUGCUUCUGAGGUCUGGUACCUGCUGUGGAAUGACAAUAAAUCCCUAAAUUGAGCCAGAUUCUUAACUCUCAACUUAAAGGUUCCAGUCACCUCAGGAAAGUCAAUGGAAACGUUUAGGAGUUUUGGGUUUGGCCAAGUGUGGAGUGGGAUUGGGGUCUGUAGAGGUGCAGUGGUCAGGAACCCACGGCUGCUCCAUCUUCUGAGCUUUUCCCAUCAGAGCUGCCUUGCUAGAGAGUGAGGAAGAACAAGAGAAAGUACACAGGUUUGGUUUUGGUUUUUGGUUUGAAUUUUUUUAAGUGGGAACAUAAACUCUGUUGUUCGUUACCAACCCCUCAACAUCUCUGAACUGUUAUACUUUGAAGGCAUUUGUAAGCUCUCAAGGAGCACUUAUGAGUGUGUGUGCAUUUCUUUUAACUUAUUUUUGAUUAUGGGUUGUUCAGAGAAGGGUCAGGGAGAUCCCAUAUGAUCAAAAUGCAGCCGAUGUGUCCACACUGCCCUAAUUUGUUCCCACCUUCAGUUCUCAAGUCACUUUAAUUAAUUGUGGCUUAGGCUUGUGAACUUUAAAGCUUCAACCCUGCAGAUGGUUCAGUAUGGGCAGACCCACAAGCACGCACCGAUCUGAUUCUAAUGGGGCUAUAUAAGAGCAGAUGGUUUCCACCAAAUCACUCCCUGUAGGGGAUCAAGGCCUUAGAGAAGAAAUGUCAUUUCCUGGUUGCCGUAUCCCAGUCACAUUAUAAACAAUUUUUGCAUUUGCUUUCGAGUCCCUCUUUGCCCAAUAAAUUGUAACACAAUAUGCCAAUAAUGCAAUUAAUUGGGUUCAGUGACACACACAUUACGGGUUUUAUUAGUAUUAAAAUAUCUGCUUAUUCAUGGGGAAAAAGAAAAUCAACUAUAAUAAAUAAUUGCUAAAUAGCCUUCCCUGGUUAAUGCCAGAAGAUUGAUUUUUAAAAAAUUUACAGUAUAUAAGGAAUGUAUUAAAAUUUUCCUUUGCAGCAAAUUAAUUGUUAAAUUUAUUAAUGUGCCCCAGACUUUCCAGUUCACAAGUCUCAAGACUUCCCAAAAUAGCACAAUCAAUCACCUAGUGCUGUUGUAUGUUGAGUCAGAAUAAAGCAAUAUUUUAACCUCUGUCAAGUAAAUUUGGAAAAGAAAUGCUGAAGGUGUAUGUCAUUUUUUUUUGUUAAGGCAGUAAAAAAUUACUAUUCACGGUCUUCAUUCAGCAAGUCUUAUUUUGGGUUUCUUUUGCAGUUUUGGUUUGUUUUUUGUUUUUUGUUUUUUGUUCUUUUUUUUUUCCAAGAUAAAGUUGAUGAAAUUGUCUUGUUUACAGAACUUUCUAUGGCUGUAAUCUUUGCUGUGUGUUUUCAAUAAAAAUAUGUUUGAGGGCAAACUCUGCUUUAUGCCCCAGGAUGGAGCAUGCCUCGUCCAGUCUCCCUUCUUCAGAGACACAGAGCUUUUGUUGUAGCAGUAAGGUGGGAUCGCCGUGAGGAGUGCUCUCACCCUGACAUGUUUCUGCAGUGUGUUGUGGCUGGGCACAGUCUCUCUGUGCAUGAUCUGAGCUGAUCUGUGGUGGAUAUGGCCCCAAGCCCACACCACAUAAACCCUCUGAAAGAUGAGGUGUGUUAGGUGGGGGUCAGCUUUGCAUCCUUACAGUCAUGUGACUUUUUCUGUCAGCACCUUUUACAUCCCAUCAGCUCAGGAUAUGAGCAAAGUGAGCUUGCCUCUGCCCAUAAGCCCUGUGGACAUACCUGUAAUAUAAAAACUGGCUACUAUAUAAAACUCUGAUUCAAUAAUUUAUGAAGUGCAAUCGCAAUUCAUUAAUUUGUCACCAUUAAUUUUGUCAAGAGAUGGUGUCUCUGCAAUAAAGUGCAGAAUACUCCCCAAAUAGAUGUUUCAAAAUUAAAUCUUUUCAAUCCAAACGUAAGGCCUUCUUGCCCCCAAAUCCUGCCAAACUCUGCAAAUUCACCUUUGGCAAAGUAUUGGAAACACACGGCAAGAUUUCUGUUGAAGAAAGAACCAUAUCAUAACCAAUGCCUUUAUGGAGAGAAUGUGUUCACUCAGAACCCCUGAAAGACCCAGAAAGAGGGGAAGAGCGAUGUAUUUAAGAGAAUGAAAUGUUUGACUGAAUGGCAGAUGAAGAUCUGAAAUGGUGAGGAUAUCUUCAGUUCAUGUUAGAGAUGCGAUCUUGUACUCAGCAAAGGAUGUGUGACUGUUAUAUGUUAACUGUUCUAUUCAGUUUUCAGCAUGUUUGAAUAGAGAGACGUUAAUAUUAACCAUAUGACAGACUAGUGUAUUAUUUGUUAAGAGUAUCACUUCAGAUCCUGUUGAAACUGUCAUUGUUUGCAGAGGAAAAGAAAAAGGUUUGAAAACAUGAAA